CCACAAGAUGGCGGCGCGGCGCAGAGCGGGCCCGGCGCUCCGGCCAUGUUGGGGCUCAUGGCUGCUCGCCAGGCCGGGCUGGACGACCCCGCGCGGCUGCGCCGGGCCGAGCGCACCCGGAGAGUUUUAAGUUUGGAGUUAAAUAAAGAUAGAGAUGUGGAAAGAAUACAUGGAAGUGGUAUCAACACCCUUGAUAUUGAGCCUGUUGAGGGAAGAUACAUGUUAUCUGGUGGAUCAGAUGGCGUUAUUGUACUUUAUGACCUUGAAAACUUGAGCAGGAAGCCAAGUUACACAUGUAAAGCACUUUCUUCAGUUGGAAGGAGUCAUCCUGAUGUACAUAAAUUCAGUGUGGAGACAGUCCAGUGGUAUCCUCAUGACACUGGCAUGUUUACAUCAAGCUCGUUUGAUAAAACCUUGAAAAUAUGGGAUACAAACGCUUUACAACUUGCAGAUAUAUUUCAUUUUGAGGGAACAGUCUAUAGCCAUCAUAUGUCUCCAAUUGCUACAAAGCACUGUUUAAUAGCAGUUGGUACCAAAAGCCCCAAAGUACAGCUCUGUGACUUGAAGUCUGGAUCCAGUUCUCACAUUCUGCAGGGUCACAGACAAGAAGUAUUGGCAGUGUCUUGGUCCCCACGUCAUGAAUAUGUUUUGGCAACAGGAGGUGCUGAUGGUAGAGUAAAAUUAUGGGAUGUGAGGAGAGCUUCUGGAUGUCUAAGUACACUUGAUCAGUACAAUGGAGAAAAGUCCAAAGCAUCUUCUGAGGCAGCAAACACUGCUCACAAUGGGAGAGUUAAUGGUUUAUGCUAUACAAAUGAUGGACUUCACCUGCUAACCAUUGGUACAGAUGAUCGAAUGCGACUCUGGAAUGUCUCCACUGGAGAAAACACCUUAGUAAACUAUGGGAAAGUCUGUAAUGAAAGUAGGAAAGGACUCAAAUUUGCCAUCUCUUGUGGCUGUAAUCCAGAGUUUGCCUUUGUUCCGUAUGGAAGUACCAUUGCUGUUUAUACAGUUUUCACAGGAGAACUGAUAACUAUGCUUAGAGGGCACUAUAGUACUGUCAACUGCUGUGUAUUUCAACCUCAUUUUCAGGAACUUUAUAGUGGUAGCAAAGACUGCAAUAUCCUUGCAUGGAUACCAGCUCCACGAGAGCCAGUUCCUGAUGAUACGUCUGAAAAGUCUCUGCCUCAACAACAUGUAAAUCCAGCAUAUGAAGAUGCUUGGAGCAGCAGUGAUGAUGAAGGCUGAAUUUAAAUUAUGAGCUGAUAUAAAAUUGACAUUCAGGCACUGCAUUCACAGGCUUUUACAGAAUUGGACAUUGUUGGAUUUCUCACAACUGGAUUUUAGGUACAGUUCUGUUAGAGCAAAGUCUUUCAGAAAUAAGUUUCCACUGUUCUCUGUGUUUCUUUGCCACUGUAAAGUUAAAUCCAAAGGAUUACUUUUUCAUACUUGCUGACUUUUGUACUUAUACAUUGGUAUACUUUAUUCAGUGUUGAACAGCUGAUAAAGAAAAAAUAAAAGCCCUUGGGACCAGUCAAAAUUA